UGCCACGUGUCAGUGUCCAUCAGUGCCAGCUGUCAGUGCUAAUCAGUGCCACGUGACAGUGCCCAUCAGUGCCACAUAUCAGUGCCCGUCAGUGCCACCUAUCAAUGCCAAUCAGUGCUGCCAAUGAGUGCCAGUCAGUGUCGCCUAUCAGUGCCAGUCAGUGUCGCCUAUCAGUGCCAGUCAGUGUCGCCUAUCAGUGCCAGUCAGUGUCGCCUAUCAGUGCCAGUCAGUGCCGCCUAUCAGUGCCAUAUAUCAGUGUCAUGUAUCAGUGCUGUCUUUCAGUGCCCAUCAGUGAUGUCUGUCAAUGCCCAUCAGUG